AUGCAUUCAUCGGCACGUCCACACGCCACGGACUUACACACGACUCUUUCACCCGGACGGCGAGCCUCCUGCCCCGGCUUGACGCACCGGAUACGCACGCUCCUCCGGUCCUCCACUCAUCCACGGAUUUAGAUCGCACGCUAAGAUAUGAAGUUCGUGUGUGGGAGCUGUUAGCUUAAUCUCACCAUGUCGUGCUCCGUCAGUGACUGUGCUCCCGGAGAAGAGGGGCGGGACAGCCCAAAAACUGCCCCCUCUGCCCCCUGUACCCCCCCGGGACCCCCCCUCACAACCAGGGACCACCUCUACGAAUGUAACGCCCACGUCUGCCACAGGGGGCGCUCCGGCGACUCUCUGCUGAAGGGCUGCAAGAGGAAAAGGACCCAAAACACGGCAGACGACACAGAGAAUGAACUCUUUUCACACAAGUGCUCCGAGCUGCAGCGCUACCUCCCCCCGCUGGCCGCCAUCUUGAGAGGGCUGAAGUCGGGCAGGUACUCCGACCGUCUGAGCAGUUUCCAGGAGAGUUUGGCCAUGGACCGAAUACAGAGGAUCCUGGGAGUUUUGCAGAGUCCAGCCUCAGGGGGGCGCUUCCUGAGCACGGUGCUGAAGAUCGAGGAGAUGCUGCAGAGUUGGUUUCCUCACAUCAGAGACCCGAGCGUCUGUAAAACUCAGAAGUUGUGUCCAGUUGACCCCGAGUGGCUCUACAAAUCCCACGAUGCGCCUCUGCACUGGCUCCGCCCCCCUCCGCCCGUACGCCCCGCCCCCUCGGCGACGCAGGACAACGCCGUCUCGUCCAGCACCGACUUCCGCACGGCGCCCCCCAGAGACAGAGACAGAGACAGUACCCCCCCGUCGUUCAGCAUCAGGAGCCCGUGUCUGGAGAGACUUCUGCAGGCGAAAGAAAGCAUCAUCCAAACCAGGACUGAGGCAAGACCGGACGAAGGAAACCCGGACUAGAACCACGACCAAAAACCCAGGCCUUAUUUAAACAGUUCUGAGACUUCAGUAUAAUGUUUUCUACUCUAAAAGUUAACACGAGACGCUGUAUCUGCAAAGAAAGAGGAUUCCAAUAACUGAAGUAAAUUGCAAACUUGUUAUCUGUGCGAAAAGUUUAAAGGUUUUAUAUUUCAUAAAAUUGACUCGUGAGGUUUAAAGCCAUUUUAUCAAAAAACAGACCUGGAGUUGUGUUUUGUUUUUAGGAACGUGCUUUGCCAUGAUUCUGCACAGCAAAAACUGGAGGGUUAAAAUUUUAGGGUAAAAUAUUUCAGAGUUGUUUUUAACACCAAAAGUGUUAUUUUAACUAUUUGAAAGUUAAAUGGGUUGAUGUGGUUGAGGUUAAUUCAACUUCCC